AUGGCCCUUCAGCUGGUGCUGGCGGCUAUCUUAGUCGCAUGCGUGACCAUGUUGAUCAAAGUCGCAUACGAAACCAUAUCAUGCUACUGGCUGACCCCCAGACGCAUCAAGAAAAUCAUGGUCAAGCAAGGGGUGCGUGGCCCCAAACCUCGGUUUCUAGUUGGCAACAUCAUGGACAUGGCCUCCUUCGUUUCCAAAUCUACCUCUCAAGACAUGGACUCCAUCAACCAUGAUAUCGUUGGUCGCCUUUUGCCUCAUUAUGUUGCAUGGUCCAAAAUCUAUGGGAAAAGAUUCAUAUACUGGAAUGGGACAGAACCAAGAAUGUGCCUAAGCGAAACAGAUUUGAUAAAAGAGCUUUUUUUCAAACACAGCACAAGUUCAGGCAAAUCAUGGCUACAACAACAGGGAUCAAAGCAUUUUAUUGGUCGAGGUCUACUUAUGGCGAACGGUGACGAUUGGUACCACCAGCGACACAUUGUUGCCCCGGCCUUCAUGGGAGAUAAAAUCAAGAGCUACGCGGGGUAUAUGGUGGAAUGCACUAAGGAGAUGCUCCAGUCGCUGGAAAAUGCAAUUGACUUGGGACAAACUGAAGUAGAGAUUGGUGAAUACAUGGCUCGCCUCACUGCUGAUAUCAUAUCAAGAACUGAAUUCGAUAGCAACUACGAGAAAGGCAAGCAAAUAUUCCGUUUACUACAACUUCUUCAGCAUCAUUGCUCCCAAGCCAGCCGGCACUUAUGCUUUCCUGGUAGCCGGUUUUUCCCAAGUAAAUAUAAUAGGGACAUAAAGUCUCUGAAGAUGGAAGUGGAGAGAUUAUUAAUGGAGAUAAUACAAAGCCGAAAAGACUGUGUUGAGAUUGGGAGAAGCAAUUCCUAUGGAAAUGAUUUGCUGGGAUUAUUGCUGAACGAGAUGCAGACAAAGAAAGGCAGCGGAUUCAGCCUGAAUUUACAGCUGAUCAUGGAUGAAUGCAAAACAUUCUUUUUCGCUGGACAUGACACCACUGCCCUCUUGCUCACCUGGACCGUCAUGCUACUAGCAAGUAACCCUUCUUGGCAAGAUAAAGUUCGUGCCCAAGUCAAUGAAGUCUGCAAUGGUAGUCCACCCACAGUCGAUCAGCUAUCAAAACUCACCACGUUGAACAUGGUGAUCAACGAGUCUCUCAGACUGUAUCCGCCGGCUUCAGUUCUUCCUCGUAUGGCCUUUGAAGACAUCAAGCUAGGAGACCUCCAUAUUCCAAAGGGUUUGUCAAUGUGGAUUCCGGUGCUUGCCAUUCAUCACAGUGAAGAAUUAUGGGGUGAGGAUGCAAAUGAGUUCAAACCUGACCGUUUUGCAUCUAAAUCAUAUGCCCCUGGCCGUCAUUUCCUCCCUUUUGCGGCUGGUCCAAGAAACUGUGUGGGUCAAUCUUUUGCUGUCAUGGAAGCCAAGAUCAUAUUGGCGAUGUUGGUAUCAAAAUUCAGCUUCACCAUUUCCGAAAAUUAUAGGCAUGCCCCGGUUAUUGUCCUGACAAUAAAACCUAAAUAUGGUGUCCAAAUCCGAUUAAAGCCCUUGAAACCAUGAAUAAAUUGAUUUGGUUAUGGACGAAUUUUGCUCUGUUGUAAUUUUGGGUUUUCGGUAUAGCAGUAUAGAAAUAUUUAGAUAUUUCCCCCUCCUAUUUAUUUGUUGGAU